AUGGUGCGCUACAUCCACUACCUGCGCCGCUACCGGCGCCAGCGGGCACGGCAUGGAGCCCGGUGUGGCCAGAUGGGGCGGCGCCGCCGGGGCCAGAGGCGGCGGCACCCACGGGCAGCCGGGGACGGCGCGAGGAAGGUCGUGCGGGUGAAAGUCGUCAAGAAGAAGGUCCUGAAGAAGAAGCCCAAGGCCGGGGCCAAGGAGGAGGCCUCCAAGCAGGAGCCACAGUGCCCACCGCUGGGGCUGGAGUCGCUGCGGGUGCUGGACUCCCAGCUGCGCGCCUCCAGUGACAAGCGCUACGGCCUGGCAGCCCAUCGCGGACGCCUCAACAUCCAGUCAGGGCUCUACGACGGGGACUUCUACGACGGGGGCUGGUGCGCGGGGCAGGAGGCCAGGAGCCAGUGGCUGGAGGUGGACGCACGGCGGCUCACCCUCUUCACCGGCGUCAUCACCCAGGGCCUCAACUCCAUCUGGACGUACGACUGGGUGACCUCCUACAAGGUCCAGUUCAGCAACGACACGCACACGUGGAAGCCGUGCCGUAAUGGCACUGAGGAGGUGGUGUUCGCAGCCAACAAGGACCCGGAGACGCCGGUGCUGAACACGCUGCCCUGCCCCACGGCGGCGCGCUAUGUGCGCAUCAACCCCCAGAGCUGGUGCCCCAACGGCACCGUCUGCCUGCGCGCCGAGAUCCUGGGCUGCCCCCUGCCAGACCCCAAUAACAUCUACUGGGAGAGCCCCCCAGUGCCCACCGACCCGCUGGACUUCCGGCACCACAACUACAAGGAGAUGAGGAAGCUGAUGAAGAAGGUGCACGAUGCCUGCCCCAACAUCACCCGGAUCUACAGCAUCGGGAAGAGCUACCUGGGCCUGAAGCUGUGCGUCAUGGAGAUCUCGGACAACCCCGGGCAGCACGAAGUGGGGGAGCCGGAGUUUCGCUACGUGGCCGGCAUGCACGGGAACGAGGCGCUGGGCCGCGAGCUGCUGCUCAACCUCAUGGAGUACCUGUGCCGCGAGUUCUCGCUGGGCAACCCCCGUGUCGUGCGCCUGGUGACUGAGACCCGCAUCCACCUGCUGCCCUCCAUGAACCCCGACGGAUACGAGACCGCCUACAAGCUGGGCUCGGAGCUGGCAGGCUGGGCCAUGGGCCGCUGGACCUACGAGGGUAUCGACCUCAACCACAACUUCGCCGACCUCAACACCGCACUGUGGGACGCCGAGGACAACGAGCUGGUGCCGCACAAGUUCCCCAACCACUACAUCCCCAUCCCGGAGUACUACACCCUCCCCAAUGCCACGGUGGCACCGGAGACGCGGGCGGUGAUCGAGUGGAUGCAGCGCUACGCCUUCGUGCUCAGCGCCAACCUGCAUGGCGGCGAGCUGGUGGUGACCUACCCCUUCGACAUGACCCGAACCUACUGGAAGGCGCAGGAGCUGACGCCCACGGCCGACGACCCCGUCUUCCGCUGGCUGGCCACCGUCUACGCCAGCUCCAACCUGGUCAUGGCGCAGGACGAGCGCCGCAUCUGCCACUACGACGACUUCGCCCGCGCCGGCAACAUCAUCAAUGGCGCCAACUGGCACACCGUGCCCGGCAGCAUGAAUGACUUCAGCUACCUGCACACCAACUGCUUCGAGAUCACGGUGGAGCUGUCGUGCGACAAGUUCCCGCACGCGUCGGAGCUGCCGGCCGAGUGGGACAACAACAAGGAGUCGCUGCUGCUCUACAUGGAGCAGGUGCACCGGGGCAUUAAGGGGGUCGUCCGAGACAAGGACACAGAGGAUGGCAUUGCCGACGCCAUCAUUUCCGUGGAUGGCGUCAACCACGACAUCAGAACAGCCUUCGACGGGGACUACUGGCGCCUGCUGACCCCGGGGGAGUACGAGGUGACCGCCACGGCCGAGGGCUACCACGCGGCCACCCGGUCAUGCCGCGUCACCUACGAGGACUGGCCCACGCUGUGCAACUUCCACCUCACCAAGACGCCCAAGCAGCGGCUGCGUGAGAUCCUGGCCAAGGGCGGCAAGAUCCCCAAGGACUUGCAGCUGCGGCUGCGCCAGCUGCGGCUCCGCAAACUGCGCGAGCAGCGCCAGGCACGGGAGGACUGAGACCCGGCCGGACCGGGGCGGGCGCCGGGGGCUCCUGGUGGCUUCUAGUCUAGCGACUUCUUCCUCCUCGCGGUGCCGCCUGGCUCCAGGCGUCCCCCUGCCCCGUGCCCUGCCGGCCCCAGGCAGAGGUAGCAGGGGGCAGCUGCCGUUCCCAGCGAGACGCUGACCACCCGGGCGCAAGGCUGUGCCAGCCGGGCACCGGAGCCCAGGGGCUGGGCCUCGCCGUGAGGAGCUUCGCAGUAGCACGCGCUGAUGCUGGCAUCUGUGCCCUCGCAAGACGAGGGCGCCCAAGGGGUAAUACACCAAUAAACCUUGGCUGGCACCUU